GCGAACCCACGUCAACCUGUUGUUUGUCCGGUCCCCAUUGAUCUAGCCAGCGCCACAAGGAAGUGCGGCACCCACACGCUCUUGGAAAGUUCAGCAUGCAGGAAGUUUGGGAAGAGCGGGGCAAGUAGCUGGAGGGCACGGCAGCGCAGGGCAAAGCAGGCAGCGAAGGCGCGGAGCGGCACAGCAGAGGUCCACCGGCCCAACCCGGUGGGCUUUAUUUAUUUAUAUAUUCAUUUCUGGAGCGACGCUGUCCCUAGGUCGCUGAUCCCAAAUGCACCGACUCAUUUUCAUCUCCAUUCUUGUGUGCGCGAACUUUUGUAGCUAUCGGGACACUUUUGCGACUCCGCAGAGUGCAUCCAUCAAAACUUUACGCAAUGCCAACCGGAGGAGAGAAGAGGGCAAUCACCUCACAGACUUGUACCGAAGAGAUGAGAACAUCCAGGUGACAGGCCAUGGCCACGUGCAGAGUCCUCGCUUCCCUGGCAGCUACCCCCGGAACCUGCUCCUCACAUGGCGCCUCCAUUCCCAGGAGAAAACACGGAUACAACUGGCCUUUGACCAUCAGUUUGGAUUAGAGGAAGCAGAAAAUGACAUCUGUAGGUAUGAUUUUGUGGAAGUGGAGGAUAUCUCUGAAACCAGCACUGUAGUUAGAGGAAGGUGGUGUGGUCACAAGGAAACCCCUCCAAGGAUAACGUCAAGAACAAACCAGAUUAAAAUUACAUUCAAAUCCGAUGAUUACUUUGUGGCAAAACCUGGAUUCAGAAUUUAUUAUUCAUUUGUGGAAGAUUUCCAACCUGAAGCAGCCUCAGAGACCAACUGGGAAUCAGUCACAGGCCCUAUCUCUAAGCUCAAUGAAACCAAAUGCAUGGUGCCGUUGAAGGAGAUACAUGGGGUGUCCUAUCACUCUUCAUCAGUAACGGACCCAACGCUCACUGCUGAUGCUCUGGACAAAACCAUUGCAGAAUUUGAUACCGUAGAAGAUCUGCUUAAGCAUUUCAAUCCAGAGUCUUGGCAAGAUGAUCUAGAAAAUUUGUAUCUGGACACCCCUCAUUAUAGAGGCAGAUCAUACCAUGACCGGAAGUCCAAAGUGGACCUGGACAGGCUCAACGAUGAGGUCAAGCGUUACAGUUGCACUCCCAGGAAUCACUCGGUCAAUCUCAGGGAGGAGCUAAAGUUGACCAAUGUAGUCUUCUUCCCGAGAUGCCUCCUCGUGCAGCGCUGUGGGGGCAACUGUGGCUGCGGAACUGUCAACUGGAAGUCCUGCACCUGCAGCUCAGGAAAGACGGUGAAAAAGUAUCAUGAGGUAUUAAAGUUUGAGCCUGGCCAUUUCAAGAGAAGGGGCAAAGCUAAGAACAUGGCUCUCAUAGAUAUCCAGUUGGAUCACCAUGAGCGGUGUGACUGUGUCUGCAGCUCAAGACCACCACGAUAAGACACCGUGCACAUCUAUACAUGAAGCAUAAAAAGCCCUUUAGGUCCAGACAUGGUAAGGGACUCGUCCCACCCUAAGCAAUCAAAAUUGUUUCUCAGCUGCAGUGCAGUGAACACAGGUGGAAACCUCGCUUUGUUGGUGCCAUGGCAAGGAACAGAUACCAUUAACUUCUAUAUCCAUAAAUAUAGGGAUUCAUUUAUUAGUAGUAUGUGAAGAUAUGUAUGUAUCCUGAGAUACAUGUCUAUCUCCAUGUGUGUAUAUAGAUGAAAUAUUUUAUUCAGUAUAUUUACUGAGGUCCUCCAGAGACAAAUGAUUAGAUAGUUACUCAAUAAUUUUGCUGUAUUAAGGAAUGUGUCAAACAUGUAAAACAUCUCUUUUAAAAAUUCAAAAUAUAAAUUUUUUGAAAUGUUUCACAAAACAUCAGAUCUUACUCUCUUAAAGAAGGCUUUUGUCCAUUAAACAAAAGAUGAGAGAUUCUUAUGUAUAUCUUAAUUCCAUGGCAAAAAUAAAGUUUCCAGGGGCAAAAGCAAAUAUUUAAAUAUUUUCUGCAUGAGAUGCACUGCACACGUACAAAUGAGGACAGUAAUUAUCUUUCUUUCCCCGAAAGAACACCAAAUAAUACAUGGUUGUUAAGGAUCAAAUAAAGUCCUUUUUAUGUAUUUUGUCAAGGCAAGUUCGCUCACUGAGCAUGCUUCUCAAUGAAUUGCUCAGGAAGUGUUGUGAUAGUCCUUCAUGAGGCAAUCAAUAGGUUUCAGCAGAAUUUUUUAUUCUUUUCUGCAGAAAAGCAAGUAUUUUCAGAAAUAGCAUGCCAUUAUGCCUAAGCCUUUCAACAUGGCGUUCACAGGAAGAUGUGAGUGAUAGAAAGUCGGAAAUAAGCAAAUAUUGACAUAACUUGGAAUUGAAUGGGCUAUUAGAUACAGUCUGCAUUUAAAAAUUGAUCUACAUUCUCCAAACUGUGCCAGUCUUUCUCUGUUUUGUUUUUGCUUCUGUGUUUUCAAUACAUAUGCAUGGGUUUAUCAUGUUAUAUCAGACAGGCCAUCAUGAAAUAUAGCCUAAAAGCUUUUAUGUGUUAACAAAAUGACUUUUAUUUAUAUAAAUUCCUAAUUCUAUAGUUAAGAUUCUGAAUACAUAUUCUGAAUCAGUGGAAAUUACAUGUGAGGUUUCCUGUCCUUUGCAAUCUUCAGACUCUGUUCUGUAGAACCUGCUAGAGGCUGUGGAGGUUCACGCUUACCCUGCUUUCCCCGGGAAAGCUUUCUGCGUUGGUUAUUAGGAAUGAGAGUCAGUUUCCCUCAGUAGCUCCCUUGUGUCUACACCAACGUGACUGGGUCCAGAAACGGGAAGUCAUUCAUCUCUCUCUCUCCAAAGCAAGAAAUUUAGGAGGGAACACUGAAGUCAGGUUCACCUGGGCUGGUCUCUGGGAACUACAUUCUUCUUCCUGCCUUGAAAGUAGAAAAGAGAAGUAAUUUCUUCUGUGAACCCAGUGCUGCCCUGAGCACAGACACAUCUGGUCUAUGAUCUGUGUCCAGUAGACCUGUGCUAAUUGUCACAUGUCUUCCGAAGGUUUGUGCGUUUCUACUCAAUGAACAUUAGGAUUAAAUACUGUGUUGUUUGGCUGUCCAGCAUGAGAAGUGCCCCAGGUCACUUUUCCUCCAUGGCCACUUACAGGUUUUCUGUGAAUCAACGAUUUCCUGUACCAAAACUAAACUGUAGUUUACCUCACUCACUGUCUACACCAUAGAUGUAAACACAACAUUAGAGUGCUCUACACAAUUCUCAAUAAACCUUCCAGGCCGCGAUAACCAGGAAAAGCCUUACUGUCCUUUAUUUACUAGCUGCAGGAUGAGCAGGCAUAUUCACCGAGGCCUCCUUCCCUUUCUUGAAUGUCUUACUGAACACUCUCUCUUGGUUUUCUGUUAUCUAUUCCACAUCCAACAUGUAGCAAAUAAAUUUGCUUUGUUGCCAUCAAAGGACUGAGAAUGAAAAACAAACCAUUGUACAAAUUGCAUUUCAAAAUAAACUAAUUAAUAUACAGUAUGCAUAACUCA